AAGGAACUAUGCACGUGAUUCCUCCCCGAAAAAGAAAGAUGGCGGCGGAUAUUAUAAACACAAUACACUUUUAUGUCUUAUUUGUGCAUUUAACGCUUCGAUGUUCUUCUAGUUUUAUCGUCAAUGGUGAGAACUACCGACGGAAUUUAUCCCUGGAGCUUAACCCUGGUCUAAACUCCUCGCUGAUGCCGCUACCCCCUGGUGUUGGCUUGCUCCAUGUGCGGGCGCUGGGCAAGAACGACACACUGCACUACCUCCUCUGCAGCCAGGGGGCGCCAGCAUUACUACUGGUGCACACAAACUCCACUUCAUCCAAGGUGAAGGUAGACUGGCCUGCCUUCUUGGUACAAAAUACCACAGGCAGCCUGAAAUUGACUCCGGAGAACAGUGUUCUGUACAGCAACGCACUCGUUUUUACCAGGCUGUGGGAGUACGACGAUGUCAACGACACAGCCGUCCCCGAGCACCUACCCCCCUCCAGCUUCUUCCAGCCCUACGAGCUGCAGAACUUCACCUGGGAUGACCUGAACAAGACACUUGACCCCAUGGCCCACACCGCCCUGCUCUGUGGAAGAGGCGCCAGCGAGAGCUUCAGCAACGGUUCGCUCUGUCUGAAGUUCUCAGCCUUUGAUGUUGAGGGCCGGGACCAAGGCUGGCCCAGCCUCCUCCACAACGCAAACUCCUCCCAGCUGAGGGUGGUGCUGGACGGUGUGGUCCCGAGGUCCAAUCACUCCCGCUUCUCUCUAGAGCUACAGGUUGUGGGCGGCACCCAGGCCAUGAGCAGAGUGGACGUGCUCCAGUCAAUAGAUGAUGAAUACACACCCUCCAUAUUCAAGGUAUCUCAGUGGGUGUCCUCUCCAGUCAACUCCACCUCUCCUGUUCUUGGCUACGCCCAAUGGAAGCCCGUGGCCUACCGCAGGCCAUCGCCUGUCUUUGAGGACGCCACUCCCUGCCGCCACUCAACCCCUGUCCCCGUAGCCCAGCUUCCCCCCUCCGGCCUAGUGCGGGCGUAUUUUGGAGGGGAGCGCCAGACCACCGGGCUCAACAUGACCUUCAGUAUCACUGGAGACCCGUUCUACAACACCACCAACUACCUCAGCUGGACUGUGUUGGUGGGGCUGGGCUCUCCUCCUGUGGACUCGUUCUCUCCCCUGGUUCUGGUCAUCAUGGCGGUGGGGCUGGGCACUCCCAUGCUGAUCAUCCUGCUUGGCGGGGUGUGUGUGUGUGUCCGCAAGAACAGGCCCCAACCACAGGUCUAUGAGCCAAUCAACUGAGGCCAAGCCAGGAUAUGUGUACUUUUAAGUCCUGCUUUAACCAGUUUCUUGCCAAUGAGCAGACACCUCUGGGCCCAUUUUUUUCCCAAAAGUUAGCUGGAUUUAGCCUAUCGGAUAGGAUUAAAUGCAUAGAAAUAGAAUGGAUGAAUCAUUUACUUGAAAGGGGACAACUGUUCUAUUACUUAUAUGUCUAUGCACUUAAUCCUAUCUGAUAGGCGAAAAACAGACAACUUUUGAAAAAAUAAAAAUGAGGUACAUGACUGUCUAAUAUGGCCACCCAUUGUUGGCACAACGGGCCAAUAAGGCUUUGACAGAAACACAUUUUUAACCACUUGCAUAAUUUAGGAAUGGGCUGAAUCAUCUUGUGGAAGAGAAAGCCCAUGAAUGAGUUGAUUUAGUUGUGCUUGGAAAUGCCAAAGGCUCCCAUCUCAAACCUAACAUUCCAUGUGAGAACAUAUUUAUCCAGAAAAUUGUGAAAAGGCUAGUUACUGUAGUUAAGGAUGUUUUUUCAUUGUAAAACUCAAACGGCGUACACUGUCCCUCCAGUUCUGUGUAAAACAGUAUAUUAUCUUAUUGUUGCAUGAUGACAUGUUACACUGAAGUGGUCCAUGUUUGGCACUGCCUAUCUAGAUAUACUGACCUGACAUGGGUCCUAACUAAUAAUGGUCUCAAGCAUAUAUCUGAUGACAGAAGAAGAGCUACAAAGGAGUAGGGGCUUUUUCUCUCUCUUCGUACCACUGAUCUGAGGUCAGUUUGUACUGUAAUGGUUUAGGAAUUGGUCAAACUAAAAUAAUCCAAGAUCUGCACCUGAAGGAGACUCAUACCUGGAGCAGUGAACGGAAAAUAAAUCUCAAGAGAAGAAGCUUAAAGGAACAAGAUUUGUUGCUUUCUUUCCCAACCCCUUGGAUGGGGUAAGGGGAAGCCUAGUUAGGGUCCAUGUGCUACACCCAAAGUGAACUGAAAUGCGAUGUUUGAUUUAAUGUCAAUGAAGUUAGAAAUCAGUAUGGGAUUACAAAAUAUUUGAUAAUAUUGUAAUUAAUGUUCCUACUUUUAAGGCCUUGUUGAUUAUAGUUCUCCUUUGGAAUUAAUUUAAAACAAGCUUCAAAGUCAUAUUCAGGUUGUAAUCACAGUACAAGAGAAUAAAUGGCCUUGAUUAUUUACCUGUAUUUGUCUAUUAGGCAACAAUGUGUUACCUUAAUUUUAUGACUAAAUGCUACAUUUAAUGCAAAAACACCAGUACCUGAAAUAUUAUUAUGCAAGCAUCUAAUACACCGGUCACAUUCAUUUGUAUAUUGAGGAAAUGCUCACUUUCAAUAGUAAUGUAAUGGUCUGUCCAUAAUUGUCUUUUUCGUAAAGAAAUGUACUGGCAAGUUAUUUCCUGCUCUCAUUUAUUUUUCUUUUAAAACAAUGGUAACAAUGUCAUAAGAUGUUUAAAAAGGACAUGUAAAUAACUGGUUUCUUGGCCACAUUAAAUACACAAAGUUUAA